UUUCCCCGAAACACCCUGUUUUGCCUGGGCAAAAACUGCUUCAACCGCUGUCUCCUUCCCGAAUUGAAGUGUUCUGCUUAAACGAACACCAACCCAUCUCACCAUCGCAAAACCCCGGCGAUCGACGGCGACGGCCACUCCUUGACCUGUUGAAGCUCAAAAACACCACCGCCUUAUCUUUGCAAGGGAAAAUUUACAUCUGCGCAGACCAUAUAGCAGAUAGAGGGAGACGAUGCCAUUCUCCUCCUGCUGGUGGCGGAGGUUGUCGUCUUCCAAUGGUGCGUCUCCAGCGGUCGAAUGGCGGUCCUCGUCGGAAGAAGGCGAUCGUUAAUGGCCCUGCAAAUGCGGUGGCAGCCGAGCCUCCUCCUGCUCCACCAAAAGCGCAAGAACGGUCCUCCCCUAGGGUUAAGGAACCUCGGCAACACCUGCUAUCUUAACAGCGUCCUCCAGUGCCUCACCUACACUCCUCCCCUCGCUUAUUUCUGUCUCACUCACCAACACUCCUCCUCUUGUGAUUCCGCUGAUAGGAAGCGGGAGUGCCCUUUUUGUAUACUGGAGAAGCAAAUUGCGAGGUCAUUGAGUGUUGAUCUAACCCUAGAUACGCCUGCCAAGAUGAGCAGCUGCCUCAGGAUUUUCGCGGAGCAUUUCCGGUUUGGGCGCCAGGAGGACGCGCACGAGUUCCUUAGGUAUGUAAUCGAUGCUUGCCACAACACCUGCCUCCGCCUCAAGAAGCUGCAGCAGCAGCGCCGCAAGGGUGGCGCCGGUGAGAGUUUCGUCGGCAGCACGGUGGUCAAGGAGAUUUUUGGGGGUGCUCUUCAGAGUCAGGUGAAGUGUCUCUCAUGCGGAGCAGAGUCCAAUAAGGUCGACGAGAUAAUGGAUAUAAGCCUGGAUGUGUUGCAUAGCAGUUCUCUCAAAGAGUCUCUGCAGAAGUUUUUUCAGGCUGAGAUUUUGGAUGGCAACAAUAAAUACAAGUGUGACAACUGUAAGAAAUUGGUGGCAGCAAGGAAACAGUUGUCUUUAUUUCAGGCACCAAAUGUCCUUGUAAUCCAACUAAAGAGGUUUGAGGGCAUAUUUGGUGGGAAGAUUGACAAGGUUAUUGCAUUCGAGGAAGUUCUUCUGCUUUCAAGCUACAUGUGCAAAGGCAGCCAGGAUACACAUCCAGAGUAUAGCCUUUUUGGUAGCAUUGUGCAUUCAGGCUUUUCACCUGAUUCUGGACACUAUUAUGCAUACAUCAAGGAUGCAAUGGGCCGUUGGUAUUGCUGCAAUGAUUCUUUUGUCAAACUCACAAAUCUGCAGGAGGUUUUGUCUGAGAAGGUUUAUAUCCUUUUCUUUUCUCGAACCAGACAAAGGCCAGGGACUGCUGCUAAUCUUGUAUCAGUUUCCAACGGAGUCAAUUGUCAAGAGUGCAAUGGCACUGAUACAUCUAAACAGCAGAGUGUAGCUUAUACAGAUCAGCAUGCUAAUCAUUCUUCUGAAAAAGAGAACUUGAUCAGAUCUAAGGACAAUAAGGUGUCAUCAAGUGUGCAGAUCAACUUAAGUAGCUCCAGAAACUCUGCUACGAAAAAGCCUUUUGCAAGUGUUAAUGGAAAAAUUGUUGUUCAGAAAAGACAGUACAAUGGGGAUGGGCACACGAAAGCCUCCAUAUCCAUAGAGAAGGAUGAGAAGAAUAUGUCAUCAUUAGCUGGAUAUGGGGUUGUCAAAAGUAAAGCAGUGGAGACUGUAGAAAGUGGAAAAAGCCAAACAUUUUCUUUCACUAAUGAUAAUGGUAAAACCAAGAGGGCACCUGCCAAUUCUGUAGAAGCAGUUUUGCCUGAGGACACACAUUGGGAAAACAAGGUGUCAAAAGAAAGAGUGGUGAAUGAGCAUGAAUUGAAGAGCAAUGAUGUUAGCAAUAUCUCUGAUAUCUCAGGGUCAAAAAGAAAACUGCAGGAUGAGAAGUCCUACAUUUUGUUGGCCAAAGAUGCUGAUUCUCAGGCAAAGCUUGAAAACUUCAAAGAACUUCUAAGGAAAGAAGCUUCCUCAUUUCUGCAAUCAUGUGGUUGGACAAGGGAAGUUUUUCAUUUUAUGUGUUCUAGAAAGAAGAUCUGCUGUCGAGAAGCAGGCGAUAUGACAUCAAAUGGUGAUGAGUUAAAGAAGUCGUUGACGAUAGAUGCCAAAAGGGAAUUCAUCUCACGGAUCCCUGAGUCAUUGAAAGAGAGCCUUAUUAAACGGCUCGGAUCAUUUAGCCAGGAAAGACAACCCUCAGGUCCUUGAGCAAUUUGAUAUGUCCCUCGAUUUGCGUUGGAUGCAGAUUCAGUAUAUAACCUGUACCACUGGUUUGCCCUCCGUCUAUCCACAGCAUCUUCCACCACCGAUAACUUGGGGUACACACCACAUUAUGCAGUUUCAAGCUCAUGAUGCAGCAUUCAAGAGGGAGGAGGUUCUAUCAUAUGGCCAUUCUCAAUAGGCAGAAUAUAGAGAGACAGGUGCUUCACUGGUCCAAUUUUGAGAGGAGGACCUAGUUCGAUACCCUCUAGUAUCUUUCCUAUGAUCUUGUGCACGUUGGUUAUGGUAGAGGGCAAGUUCAGGAUUCUAUUCAUUUUGUAUGAUAUCCGUUUUUGCUUUAUGGUUAAUUACAGAACACAGUCCUCAUUUAGCAGAUGCUCAACAAAUUUUUUUUACUAAAAUGCGGUCGGAUUUUACACUCUGGAUCUCUAUCCCUAUCCCUAUCCGGUCAUUGAGGUUUUCUGUGGAAAAAUGUGUUACUGCUCUUCCAAGUAUGUACUUGAACUUCCCCGCUAUUAGGUAUAUUCGAUUUUGCUUAGUGAAGUGAAAAGGAGAAGGAAGAAGGUCAAGGAAAUUAAAUGAAGCAACAAAGUUGUAUUGCCGUCGUUUUGUUCCUUUGCCUGUGUGAAACGGGAGAUGUUUACGUUGGAGACUUGUUUCUUCCUAUGAGUAGUGGAGUUGGUAAUUUCAAUUACCAUUGGGCUUA